CACAUAGAAUGAUCGGUACACAUUUGAUCACUUUUCUCUCCAUUAAGACAUAACACCUUUUAUCACCCUCAAACAUGCAUUCUCCUCUUCGUCUACUUCCUUUUGCCUUCAUCGUUAACACCUUUAUCAUCCUCUAUAAUCUUCUUAUUUCAAACACAUCCAUCAAUUAUGUAUAUGUUCUUAAUUGUAGAAUUUAAUUAAUCUCUCAAGUUGAAUAUACUUUUUCAGUUUUCAUCAUCACCUCCACACAUGACUCCACAUUUUUUUCUUUCUCAUUUUUCCUAUAUCGUCAACUUAGUUCUCUUUCUUGCAUUCUUCUUCUUAAUCCCAAUACAUGUCAAUUGUGAUGCUAAGAGCUACAAAUCAUGUGCACCUUUUACCUGUGGAAGUUUCACCAACAUCACUUAUCCAUUUUGGAAUAUGAACAGUCAACCAAAUUACUGUGGUCAUCCAAACUUCACGCUUGAUUGCCAGAAAAACAACUUGACUAUUGACAUCAACUCACAAAAGUUUCAUAUCAUUGAUAUGAAUCAAACAUCACAGCUUUUGAAGAUUGCAAGGUUGGAUUUAUGGAAUUAUGAUGCUGCAAAUAUUCCUUCUUGUCCUGAUACCAAUGUAAGCUUAAACCUGGAUUUCUUCAAGUACACUUCCAAUGAUGAGAGCUAUACUCUAUUGUCCGAGUGUGAUCCUCUUCCUACUGCUUCAUUCGGAUCUCCUUUGAGUUCUGAAGUUUCUCAAGAGAUUUUAUGCCUAGUAGAUAGUAAACCUCAAGAUGCAUAUUUAGUAUUAAGUACUAAAAUGGCGGAUUUCACGGGCCUAGAGUGUAAGAACAAUAUCAAAGUUUAUGGACCAAAAAGCUCUAUCAUAGAAGAGUCAGGUACAGCGGUGAAUGUUUUAAAGGACGGAUUUGAGGUUGGGUGGAGUGGUGUGGACGAGGAUAUAUGUAACUAUUGCAAGAAAUUUGGUGGGAGAUGUGGAUACAAUACAUCUAAAAGUGCAAUUAUGUGUAUUUGUCCUAAUCAACAAUCUUAUGGCGAUUGUGGAUUUUGUCGCGACAAUUCAACAACUGAGAUUUGGCCGGAUGAGUCGGGUUGCACAGGAUCCAAGCUGUAUAAGUCUGUGGCACCAUCAUCUCUAGCAGAACCAUCAUAUGGAUUACAACAGCCAUAUGGAGAUACACCAUUUCAAGCAUUAGUACCAUCUUCUAAUUCAGAUUCAAAAAAGUCUCGGCACGCUUCAAGCUCAUUGAAUUUGAAGAGGAAACUCAUUUUUGCAGGUGUUGUUGGAGGUGUAGUAAUAGUAGCGUUGCUGAUGUGCAUCACAAUUUGUUAUAUUAGAGGUAAGUCAUCAAUACAACAAGUAAAAUUAUGGUUUAAGACAAAGAAUGAUAAAAACAUCGAAGCAUUUUUUAAAGAACAUGGAGCUUUAACCCAAAAGAAAUACAAAUUUUCAGAAAUAAAAAAAAUGACAAAUUCAUUCAAAGUUAAACUUGGUCAAGGGGGUUUUGGUGUUGUGUACAAAGGAAAUUUACUCAAUGGUUGUCCUGUGGCAGUGAAGAUAUUGAAUGCAACAAAAAGAAAUGAUGAGGAAUUUAUUAAUGAAGUUGCAAGUAUUACUAGAACCUCACAUGUUAAUGUUGUCACUCUUCUUGGAUUUUGUUUUGAAGGGUCUAAAAAAGCGCUUGUAUAUGAAUUUAUGUCUAACGGUUCUCUUGACAAAUUUAUUUACAAUAAGGGAUCUGAAACUAUUGAAUCUUUAAGUUGGGAUAAUUUGCAUCAUGUUGCGAAAGGAAUAGCUCGUGGGCUAGAGUAUUUGCAUAGAGGAUGCACCACUCGAAUUUUACAUUUUGACAUAAAACCACAUAACAUUCUUUUGGAUGAGAACUUUAAUCCAAAGAUUUCCGAUUUUGGACUUGCAAAGCUUUGCCUUAGAAAAGAGAGCAUUAUUUCGAUGUCAGAUCAAAGAGGGACGAUGGGAUAUGUAGCUCCAGAAGUAUGGAAUAGACAUUUUGGAGGAGUUUCACAUAAGUCGGAUGUUUAUAGUUAUGGAAUGAUGUUGUUAGAAAUGGUGGGUGGAAGGAAAAAUAUUAAUGCUGAUGCAAGUCACACAAGUGAGAUAUACUUUCCUCAUUGGGUAUAUAGUAGACUUGAGUUUGGAAGUGAUUUGAGACCUAAUGGAGUAAUGGAUACGAAAGAAGAUGAGAUUGCAAGGAGAAUGACCAUUGUGGGUAUGUGGUGUAUUCAAACAUUUCCUAAUGAUAGGCCUACAAUGAGUAAAGUAGUUGAAAUGUUAGAAGUUAGCAUGAAUUCAUUGCAAAUACCACCAAAACCAUUACUUUCGUCUCCUACUAGAUCAAUAUCAGAGUCUUAAAUGUCUUAAAAUUUGAGGGCAUGUAUAAUUUUUUAAUACUUUUUAAUUAGAAUAGAGAUUAGCUCAAUCCUUUUAAUCAUCGUGUAAAGGGGAGCUUAAUGUCUCAAAGUGUUUUUAUAUAGAAUGUAAAAUUAUGAGCAAUUAAUUGGUCAUGUAAAUGUUAUAGUUUAUAAUUUUUUUAUCUUUUGUGGAAGUAGGCAGCUAGUAAGUGGCAGUUAAGGCCUAUUGUUAA